GCUGCCAUUACGGAUAUGUUACUCUGUAUAGAUAUGAAUAUACGUAUUCCCGCUCGUGAAUAUUCCACUUAUGUAAUGUGUCGUAACUGCGGGCUGGAGGAACUGAUUGCUAACGAUUGAGGAAGGGUCCACUUUAUUGCCUAAGACUUCGUAUAUAUAUACGGCGGCAUAAACUUGUACCAGCGCAAACUGCAAACUGAUUUGUCCCGGCUGUGUACAAUCUAUGCCUUACUUGCGGCAUUUGUGUGUACGGCUGUUGCAUCUGACUGUAUAUAUUGGCGUUUGCUGACCAGUGUCCACUAUGGCUUUAAAGACCUUAAUCCUUUUUAUUGGUGUACAUGCGGCAUUAGCAGAGGAUAUUGACGAUUCCCAAAAUUUUAUUUUUGGAAGUCCGAAAUCCACCACAACCCACUCUCCCCGUUCGACCACUAUAAAUCCGCGUAUCGCCGCAUGGAACGCGCGGAUCCGCAAUGAAACAGCAAUAACUAACGGGACUUCCGGUUUAAGAACUCGAGCCUUAUUUGACAUCCCCCUCGGUGCACCGGGCAGCAUGAACAGUCUGGAGACCAAUUUCCUGUCCAUCCAAACCGGCAAUACCAAACUCCAGAGCGGCAUCAUCCCGCCCGCCUUUGUCCCGGUGGGCCAAGUGAUCCCCGGGACCGCGGGAGUCUCCGAUCCCAGUUGUCGGUGUGAAGCGUACGCCGACUGUCGAGAUGUGUCGGCCUUCGCUCGCUCCGAUCGGCAGCGCGUGGACCCCUGUCCGUCGGGACGUGUAUUGUGCUGUACCAAUGCCAACCGCCCCAGUAAUCCCGUGGUUAUUCCCCCGCCGGUGCCCCUUGUGAUCCCGUCGGUGACACCCGCUGGACCCGGUCCGGUGGUCCCCGCCGGCGGACUGGUGUCCCCGCCACGCAAUCAAGGGUGUGGCAUUAAGGGCGGAAAUCCACUGGCGCGGGUGUUUGAUGCCGCGAAUCCACGCAAUGAAGCGGAAUUUGGGGAGUAUCCUUGGAUGGCUGCCAUCCUCAAAACCGAUCUCAACUACGUUUGUGGUGGCGCUUUAAUUGAUGCUCGUAUCGUUUUGUCGGCGGCUCACUGCGUAGCAAAAGUGAAAAACGAGGAUUUAAUUGUCCGCCUUGGAGAAUAUGAUGUCAGCGAAACAACCGAACCACCGUACCAAGACAUCCAUGUUAAGCGCGUAAUCAUUCACGCAGAUUAUCACAGUGGAACUCUGCGUAAUGAUAUUGCUUUGUUGAUCCUUGACCAACCUGCGGCAAUGACCAGUUACAUCCGACCGGUAUGUCUGCCACCAAUCGUGGACUUCACGGGAAUGAUGUGUACCGUCACUGGAUGGGGAAAGAAUAAUCCAACUGGACAGUACUCCAAUGUGCUCAAAGAAGUAGAUGUUCCCAUCAUGACCAACGACCAGUGUCAAGGCAUUCUCCGAACAUCCCAGGAACUUGGCCCCAUUUUUAACCUGCACAACAGCUUUUUAUGUGCUGGUACUCUUGGGAAGGAUGCUUGCGCGGGUGACGGAGGCAGUCCAUUAGUGUGUAAAGUCGAUGGGGUCUACCGACUUGCCGGAUUGGUAUCGUGGGGAAUUAACUGUGGCCAAUUCCCAGGCGUUUACACUAGAAUAUCAAAUUUUGUGCCGUGGAUUAUGAACGCUCUGCAGGAAAACUGAAACUACGCGCUUUUCUGCGGCAAUGCAGAUGAAACUGUGCGAUUAUGUAUCAUAUCAGUUAGUAGUGUGUGCUGGUUCAUACAUCAUGAUUGUGAUGCAAGACGUCAAAAUUGUGACAUUUUUUGCUUGAUUUGCUGGUGCUGGCACCAUUUGCAAUUAUUUUAUUUGUUUGUAGUUUACGGUAUCUGCUGGUUGUGCCCUUUUGACGAUCAC